CAUCCACCUAACAUACCCGUUCUCCCUUCCUCAGGUGGGGUGCCAGGAGCGUCGGGGGAGGAGCGGAAGGAGGUGAUGGUUCAGAGAGUGGACGUGCCGCAAGUGGUGGGCCUGGGGGACGACGUGGAGCUGGAGUGCCACUACGAGAUCAGCGGCAACCUGUACUCCAUCAAGUGGUAUCUCAACGACCGGGAGUUCUUCAGGUACCAGCCCCACGAGGAGACGUCUACCAUGAUAUUUGAUCGGCCUGGCGUCACUGUGAAUAAGGAGCUGUCGGAGGGUCGGCGGGUGAAGCUGAACAACGUACAGCUGAGUGCCUCGGGAAUGUACAAGUGUGAGGUAAUCGGCGAGGGCCCGGAAUUCCUCACGUCGGACAAGCACGCCCGGAUGAUGGUUGUCAAGAUCCCCGAGGAGAAACCCACCAUUUUUGGGACCCAGCACGAGUAUAAGAUUGGGGACACCGCCCGCCUCACCUGCGUCUCCGCCCCCUCCCGCCCCCCCGCCAUCCUCACCUGGUACAUCAACGACAAGGAGGCCCCACAGACCUACCUGAUCCCCCUCGAAACCAGCCGCUCCCUGGACGGCAUGGAGGAGACGCGCCUGGGCCUUGAGUUCCGGGUGGGGCGCCAACACUUCCGCAAGGGCCAGAUGAACCUUCGCUGCUCGGCCGAGAUUUCCACGCUGUACUACAAGACCCAGCAGCACAGCGUCGACGGUCACCUCGCCUACAGUGUGCCCGUCAUGGAGUCCCGGGACCACUCAGCCAUGGCAGGAGCCGACAGUGCCCGCGUCCCUAGCAUGCUGGUGCUGCUGAGCCUCAUCGCGGCCACACUGCUGCAGGCCGCCCUCAGCUGACUCCUCGGCGCCCCGCACCACCCUAACCCACAACCGCUGUCCGGGAGAGGCGAGCAGCACGCAUGUUUGGGAUGAUCAACACUGAAUAUUUCCUCACGAGGCUCAAAAUUAUGUCGUAAGUCGUCAGUGUGAAGAAAAGCCAAACAAACCCUUGUGGAACAGACGAGGCGGCGCCGCCUGCUGGAGGGCGAGGCUCCGGGGUGUCCCUGGACGCACGCGUGGCCUCGCCUCCUCAGUAACGCACCUGAGCCUUGGCUGCGGGAAGCGAGACCAGUACCACGUCGCACCACUGAGGGCCAUCGGUACUCUUUCAUAAGUAUUCAUGUACUACGUGUCCGGCGUAAGGGUGAGUCGCACCAAAUACUUCCAGAUUCUGUGUUUGAAUGUGCUGAACCACGUGACCUCCGCGCCAGGCGUGUGUGCGGGAGUAUUACGGACCCGCCGGGGCCUGGGCUGCUGGUGCUCAUACGGCCCGGCCAUGGCACGACAGACUGUGACGCGAGCCAUUCCCAGGCGGUGCGCGGCGUGCCGCAGGGACGCAGUUCAGUGAAUUCAUUUUGUGCAUAUAGUUAUCUACUACUUCCUACGUCAUGUGUAUACCUUACUAGUAUAUUAUACUGCGUUAUAAUAUAUGCUACAGGUGAGUAUAUAUGUGUUCGUAGGACCAACGCUUUAGAUCUACAUGGUAGCAGCAGCUUUCCACUUCCUUUUAGGUGUCCCGUUCAGGAGUGUGGGGAGACGGGCGUGAGGGUUAGCGUGGGGGGGGAGCGGGGGUAAAAAUCGGGGGUGACGGGUGUGUGUUGGGAAGGCAUGUAUGAGGGUGGGAAGGAGUGGGAGCGAGUAGGAUGGGGCCUGACAGGUGUGUGUUGGGUGAGGAGAGGGGACAGGGGAGGGAGUGACGAGUGUGUGAGAGGACAGGUGUGCAGAUUAGGAGAGAGAACGGGAAGAUGGGGUGACAGGUGUGCCGGUGGGAGGAGAGGGGUGACAGGUAUGCAGGUGGGGGAUGGGGUGCCAGGUAUGUGCUGGGUUAGGUGUGCAGGUGGGAAAGUGAAGGUGACUGGUGUGGGGGGAAAGAAAGGGAGUGCCAGAUGUGAGGAGGAGGCAGAUGUGCAGGUUGGGGGGGGGGAAGGACCGGAGGGUGGCGGGCAGGAGUCUUCACAGUGAGGCUCAGCGACUCCUGUGCCGAGUGCUGAGUGCUGAGUCUCCCCGUCUAGUCAGCAUCGUUGUGCCGGGGCUACAUCGACCUGCGUCUUGGAGAGGCAGACGUAUAAUAAUUUUUAAGCCUUCUAUGUUAACUGGGAAAUGUUACCUCUAGUUUACAACGUUGCUAAGAGUCAAGCCAGUGAUACUACCUUGCAUUGAGAUGUUCUUGUAACCUUUUAGCCUGUAAGCAUUAUUAUUAUGAUUAUUAUUAUCAUUAUCAUCAUCGUGAUUACAGCAUAAUUAAUAUGUUCGCAAACGCAUACUCGGACACAGUCUAUAUGUUCUACAUCGAUAUGUAUAUACAAUUUUAAUGUUCAGAUUUUUAUGUAUAAAUAUAAUAUAUAUC